UUAUAAAAGCAGUUGUUGCAUGUUGAUAUAAAAAGCGCAUCAGACUCGUUAGACUUGUCACUUUCUUGUCUUCUCUUUGCUCGAACGACUCGGACUUGAGACGGCGAGACGAGAGAGGGCUUUUACGUACGGAGGAUUCGUUUUCUAGGGUUAUUUUUGAAUCUCCCCCACAAAGAGCCAAAAGAUGGGUCCUCUUGUCGGAGAGACCGAACUCACCGAAGCACUCCUCCAGGCCGGAAAAGAUCUCCUCAGACCUUAUUACUCUACUGAUUCGAUCUUCGACCUUCUCAAUAAAGUUGAGUCUCUGCUCCUCGCUGUUGAGCAAGAUCCUAUUGCAGAAGUGAGAAACGCUCUGAAACCGUCGAUGCAGGCUUUGGUAUCUGCUGAUCUCUUGAGACACCCUGAUUCUGAUGUUAGGGUUUACGUUGUCUUCUGCUUAACCGAAAUCAUGAGGAUUACUGCCCCAGAGGCUCCUUACAACGAUGACCAGAUGAAGGAGGUCUUUGAGGUGACAGUAGAGGCUUUUGGGAAACUUGCGGAUGCUUCCUGCGAGAGUUAUAAGAAAGCUGAAGCCGUGCUUGAUACUGUUGCUAAGGUCAGAUCAUCCUUGGUGAUGCUGGACUUGGAGUGCGAUGAGCUUAUCUUAGAGAUGUUUCGGCAGUUCUUGAAAAUCAUAAGACUAAGCCCGGAUUGUCCUCAAACGGUACUUGUUUCCAUGGAAACGAUAAUGGUUACAGUUAUAGAUGAAAGUGAAGAAGUGUCCAUGGAUUUGCUCGCGAUUCUCUUGGGUCCUGUUAGAAAAGAGAGCCUGGAUGUCUCACCAGUGGCUUCGAGGCUUGUGGAGAAGGUUCUCAUUAGUUGCGCCUCUAAGCUUCGACCGGACAUCAUGGAUGCUUUGAAGUCCACAGGGACUAGCUUGGACAUGUAUUCUCCAGUAGUUUCUUCAAUAUGCCAAAGCGGAGCUGCCACCACUGAAGCUCAAAUCAUUGUUAACCCCACAGAAACUGAGGCAGAAGGAAAGAUAUCAGAAGAACAGGUAGUUCCAGAUGAUUCAUUGCAGGAAAAACUGGAUUUGGGACUUUCUCCCAAGGGGAUCAGGUCUAAGAGAACUGCAAGAGGUGGAGCUCGUGCCAUUGGAGAUGACAACGUAAAAAAUGGAGACGGUUUGAAACAAGUUUUGAAGCAAGGGCAAUCUGAAAGUACUGAGGGAGAGACUGAAUCAGGGUCUACUAGGAGGAGGCGGAAACCCAAUUCUCUGCUAAAUCCUGAAGAAGGCUAUUCAUUCAAGACGUCAUCAAGCAUAAAGAAAGUGCAUGAAAAAGAACUUGGGGCUGCCAAGAAAGCAUCUUUGCCUACUAAAGUUGGUCAAACGAAUCAGUCGGUUGUUAUUUCUCUCUCACCCUCGAGUAAGGCUAGGAAGGGGUCACGGAAACGGAGCAGGAGUAAGAUGGAAGAGACAGAUCUUGAUGCAGGUUCUGUAGCCACACCAGCAUCAAAGAAACAGAUUGUGAAGAAAGAUGAACCUGAAGAAAAAGAAGAUAUUAUGGAAACUAGCCUUGAAAAGCCUGAGGAUAGCACUAAGACUGCAAAGUCAAGUAAAAAGGAGAAAGCACAGAAGGGUUCAGCAUCAAAGAAACAGAUUGUGAAGAAAGAUGAUGCUGAAGAAGAAGAAGAUUUUAUGGAAACUGACCUUGAAAAGCCUGAAGAGAGCACUAAGACUGCAAAGUCAAGUAAAAAGGAGAGAGAAGAGAAGGGUUCAACGAAAUCAACUGCAAAGAAGCCACUAGCAGAAUCUAAAAAGGAGAAAGCACAGAAGGGUUCAGCGAAAACAGCUGCAAAGAAGCCACCUGCAGAAUCUAAAAAGGAGAUAGGAGAGAAUGGUUUAGCGAAAACAUCUGCAAAGAAGCCACUUGAAAAAUCAGUCCACUCAGAUGCCAAGAAAAAGAAUUCAGAAGGCGCAAGCAUGGAGUCAUCAAAGAGCAAGAAGAAGAAUUCUCGUGCAAUGACGCCUCCGACCAAAGAAUCUGAACAAACUCUCAAGAGCCAUCCCAAGAGGAAACGGACAGCUAGAGAGGAAGUGGAGUCCAAUAAGAGUGAGCAUGGUGAGGAGUUGGUUGGUAAGAGCGUUAAAGUCUGGUGGCCACUUGACAAGAAGUUUUAUGAUGGCGUCAUAAAGUCCUAUAGUAGUCUUAACAAGAAGCAUCAGGUGCUUUAUUCGGAUGGGGAUUCUGAAGAGCUUAAUCUUAAAAAAGAACGUUGGGAGAUAAUCAGUGAGCAGGAAAAGGAGGAGACUGAUCUACCUGAUUCUACUCCUUUAUCUGACAUAAUGCGAAGGAAUAAAGCGAAGAAGAGGAAAACUGAGUCUAUGCAUGUGCAGCUGAAAAGUUCUUCAGAAGUCAGAUCCUCGAAGAAGAAAGACCUUGUAACAAGCUCCACUAAGCAAGGGAAAGCAACCAAAGAUGCGGUGAAGGGCGGAAGCGAUGAACCAGAAAGGAGGGAAGAGAUAAAUCUUCAGUUCCCAAAAGAUUGUGUUGACAAGGAAGAAUCUGAAACCAAAAGAUUGCCUAAAGAAUCUAAUGCAGAAGCCAAGUCGGAUGGGGAAGAGCUAAAGUCUGCAAACAAGUUAACUGCAGAAACUGGAAAUGAUGGUGAAGAGCAGGAGGUAGAGAAAGAGGCAACCGCAGAACCCCAAACUGAUGGAGAAGAGCGAGAGUCGGUGAAAGUGCUAAAUGAAGCCAAGUCUGAUGGAGAAGAGCUAAAGACUGCAAACAAGGCAACUGCAGAAUCCAAAAUUGAAGGAGAAGAGCAGGGGGUAGAAAAAGAGGCAACUGCAGAACCUCAAACUAAUGGAGAAGAGCGAGAGUCAGUGAAAGUGCCAAAUGAAGCCAAGUCUGAUGGAGAAGCUAAGUCUAAUGGAGAAGAGCUAAAGUCUGCAAACAAGUCAACUGCAGAAUCCGAAACUGAAGGAGAAGAGCAGGGGGUAGAAAAAGAGGCAACUGCAGAACCUGAAACUGAUGGAGGAGAGGGAGAGUCAGUGAAAGAGCCAAAUGAAGAAGCUGAAACUGAGGUACAAGUGCGAGAUUCAGCAAAAGAGCCAACUGCAGACACAAAUUUGAUUGAGGAAGGUCGUUCUGAGGAGAAGGAGACUGGUAAAGUCGAAAAUGUAACUGAAGAAGAGGAACAGAAAAUAGUGAAGGAACUGGAAGAAGACACUGAUAAAGCAGAAGGCGGGACUAUUCCUGUUUCAGGUUGAUAGAUGAACAAAAGCAUUUGGUUAAUUCAGAGAACGAUGUCGUUUUUGUGGUGUACCUAUUAACUUUCUUUGUUUAGUGAAGCUGCUUGUUUAGAGACGUAGUGUUAUUGUUAGUAAAGACUUCUGACAUAUAUGUCUUAUCAAGGAACUAGUUUGAUGCGA